UAUGCCUCACAUUUUUCAUUCUCCUAUACAACAUGACGAUGCCUCUUGUUGCCUGAUUGGCUUGAUUGAGUCAGUUCAGCAGAUCCCCCGGCUUGUCCUAGUGAAUUAAACUUGCUUAAUUCUUUAUAUGGUUUGAAGUUUGAACAUAUAUAGUUCCAACAAAAACUCCAAAUCAGCAAGCCAUUUCCCCCUUCUCCAUAAAGCUAGCGUAUAGGCUUAGAUCUGUGCAUUUUACUGACAAUGGUUUCUUUAAGGCCGAUUUCUUUUAUUCAGUUCUGCAUUUUAACAUUCAUAGCUCUAGCCACUGCCCAACCAAGCUUCCUCUACCAUUUCUGUGUAUACAAAAAUGGUAAUUAUACCACUAACAGUAUCUACGAGACCAACCUCAACAGAGUCCUCUCGUCCAUCUCCUCCAAUAAAAUUAUUGACAACGGGUUUUACAGCAAUUCUUACGGUCAAGAACCUGACAAAGCGUAUGGAAUUGGACUUUGUAGAGGAGAUGUAAAGCCAGAUGUUUGCCGUAGUUGCCUCAAUGAUUCUAGAAUUUCUCUCAAAAAACUUUGUCCCAAUCAGAAGGAGGCAAUAGGAUGGUACGACAAUUGCUCGUUACGCUUCUCAAACCGCUCAAUAUUUGCCGUAGCGGAAAGUUCUCCUUCUUUCUAUAUGUGGAAUAUAAGAAACGUAUCAGACAUAGAUGGGUACGGCCAAGUGCUUGCGAACCAGUUAGAUGGUAUGAUAAGUGAAACUGCAUCAGGUCGUUCUUUCAUCAAGUUUGCCACGAGAACCGCCAUCGCCCCUGACUUUGGCAGAAUAUAUGUGCUCUCGCAGUGCACCACCGAUUUAUCGGAGCAAGAUUGCCUUGGUUGUCUAAGAACUAUUUCUGAGAGAAUUCCACUAUGCUGUAUCGGGAAAGCAGGUGGUAGGAUAUACACUCCCAGCUGUAAUUUCAGGUAUGAGACCUACACUUUUUUCGACCAGCUUACACCUGCGGCAUCACCAACUUCGCCAUCACCACCUUCCCAACCAGUCUCUCCUCCUCCCAUAAAAGACAACGAUGUUUUUGCAGGAACUAAGAGAAACACCACAACUCGAACUGCCAUCGUCAUUGUUGUGCCCACUCUUGUUGUUAUCAUACUAGUCAUCAGUAUUAUUUAUUUAUUUUUAAGAGUGAAGAAGCGCAAGGAUCAUUUUGAACGUAAGUACAACAUAGUUCCGGCCGCCGGUUCUUUUUCUGAAGCCCUGGAUGAAAUGGGAAACGUGGAAUCCCUGCAAUUUGAUUUCGAAGUUAUUAGAGCUGCCACAGACGACUUUUCUGAUGCAAAUAAGCUUGGAAAAGGAGGAUUUGGGCUCGUUUAUGAGGGUAAGCUUUCCAAUGGACAAGAGAUAGCAGUAAAAAGACUAUCAAAAAACUCAGGACAAGGAGAUUUGGAAUUUAAGAAUGAGGUUGUAUUAGUAGCCAAGCUCCAACACCGGAAUUUAGUCAGGCUCCUUGGAUUUUGCUUGGAAGGGAAUGAACGUCUUCUUGUGUAUGAGUUCGUGCCAAACAGAAGCCUUGAUCACUAUAUAUUUGAUCCCAAGAAAAGUGCAAAUCUAGAUUGGGAGAGGCGAUAUAAAAUUAUAAAAGGCAUUGCUCGAGGGCUUUUAUAUCUUCAUGAGGAUUCUCGACUUCGGAUUAUUCAUCGUGAUCUCAAAGCUGCUAACGUUCUAUUAGAUAUAGAAAUGAAUCCUAAGAUUUCAGAUUUUGGCAUGGCAAGGAUGUGUGUACUAGAUCAGACUGAAGGCAGUACAAACAGAAUUGUGGGGACCUAUGGAUAUAUGGCACCAGAAUAUGCAAUGCUUGGGCAAUUCUCGAUCAAGUCAGAUGUCUUUAGUUUUGGCGUGCUGAUGAUGGAGAUUAUAAGUGGUCAAAAAAUUACAUCUUUCCAUGAAGGGGAGAACAGAGAGUACCUUCUAAGCUAUGCUUGGAAAAAUUGGAGAGAGGGGACAGCUGCGAAUCUCAUAGAUCUCACAUUAAGGAGUGGUCCACUGAGCGAAAUGAUACGAUGUAUUCACAUUGGAUUACUGUGUGUUCAAGCAAAUGUUACCGACAGACUAGACAUGGCUUCAGUUGUUCUCAUGCUUAAUAGCAAUUCCAUUGCUCUCCCUUUGCCCACACAACCAGCAAGUUUUAUGCAAAAUGAGGUUCCACUGGCAACAACAAUGAAACUGGACACUGAUUGCAAGCCAAUAAGUCAGAACGAGGUUUCGAUUACCGAGUUAGAUCCUAGGUAGUGUUUUGUGGAUGUGACCACGGUGUGCGUGUUUUUGUGCAAAUUUCACUUGCUAUUAUAUAUUUCAUUCGAUGCUUUAAGGUUGUAGUCUUCUCUGACUCUUGAUUCAAUAGCUAUGAUUCAUUUGAUUUGCUUGCA